AUGAAUGAUACAACUUCUGGGAGGAGGUUUAUUCUACUGUUCUUCAUUUGUUGGUAUGUAAUGGUUGCAGCAACGAUGACUAUUACGGUGUUGGUGGCGAACUUGGAAGUCCUUCAAAAACUGUAUUGUGGAGUGUACAUUACACUCAUCUUCUUUGCAAUCGGUGUAAUCUCCAUUGCAGUAUUGAUGCUUGUCACGAAAAUUCACGCGAUUCCACUGAUGAAUUAUAUACUGAUAUCAGUGACUGUGCUCACAUGGUCCUUUGCUUAUGCUGAUAUAACUAUAUUCCUAAAAUUAUGGACUCUGCUAGCAUGGCUUAUAGCGUUAGCUUUUGCUACGAUAGCAGUGAUACUUGGAUUUAAGUUGAAAAGGCAGAAGAAGAAAGUGAACAUGAUUAUAUUAUAUGUCGCAAUCGGUCUAGGAGUUCUGAGUAGCAUUUUGCUUAUUGUUCAACACUUCACUCAGAAGAUACCAGUAAUAGUACCUGGCGUGAUUUUCGGAUUGACAGUGAUAUUA